UGGUAGCAGUACGCAUGUCCACCGUGUGUUGUCGCGAUCACAAUCAAUCUCGCUCGCUCCUUCCUUCUAGCAACUCAGUCGGAUCGUCACUGAGAAGGCACUUGGUGGUGCAAUGGCGGGGAGCGCGUGCUGCUGGCGGUCGCUGGCCGUGGUGCUGGCGGUGGUGGGCGCGGCGGCGACGACGGCCGGGGCGGCGCCGCAGGUGCCGUGCUACUUCGUGUUCGGGGACUCGCUGGUGGACAACGGCAACAACAACGGCAUCGUCUCGCUCGCGCGCGCCAACUACCCGCCCUACGGCGUCGACUUCGCCGGCGGGCCCACCGGACGCUUCUCCAACGGACUCACCACCGUCGACGCCAUCUCCAAGCUUCUGGGCUUCGACGACUUCAUCCCCCCGUUCGCCGGUGCGACCAGCGACCAGCUCCUCACCGGCGUCAACUUCGCCUCCGCCGCCGCCGGCAUCCGGGAAGAGACCGGGCAGCAGCUGGGUGGACGCAUCAGCUUCAGCGGGCAGGUGCAGAACUACCAGAGCGCGGUGGAGCAGCUGGUGAGCAUCCUGGGGGACGAGGACGCGGCGGCGAACCGCCUGAGCCAGUGCAUCUUCACCGUCGGCAUGGGCAGCAACGACUACCUCAACAACUACUUCAUGCCGGCCUUCUACGACACGGGGAGCCGCUACACGCCGGCGCAGUACGCCGACGACCUGGCGGCGCGCUACACGCAGCUCCUCCGCGCGCUCUACAGCUACGGGGCGCGCAAGGUGGCGCUCAUCGGCGUGGGGCAGGUCGGGUGCAGCCCCAACGAGCUGGCCACGCAGAGCGCCAACGGCGUGGCCUGCGUCGACCGGAUCAACGUCGCCGUCCGGAUGUUCAACCAGCGGCUCGUCGGCAUGGUCGACCAGUUCAACCGCCUCCUCCCCGGCGCGCACUUCACCUACAUCAACAUCGAUGGCAUCUUCUCCGACAUCCUCCGGGCGCCCGGCGGCCAUGGCCUGAAGGUGACCAACCGGGGCUGCUGCGGCGUGGGGCGGAACAACGGGCAGGUCACCUGCCUGCCGUUCCAGACGCCGUGCCCCAACCGCAACGAGUACCUCUUCUGGGACGCCUUCCACCCCACCGAGGCCGCCAACGUGCUCGUCGGCCAGCGGGCCUACGCCGCCCGGCUCGCCUCCGACGUGCACCCCGUCGACCUCCGCACCCUCGCACGCCUCUAGCCCGCUCCAUCGGCGGAGGGAGGGACGGCGGCAGCCGCCGCCGUUGGUGUCGGUGAAAGAUAUGCACAAUUCUGACUCUGCGGUGUACCAACACAUACAAGAUGAUACGUUUGCGCCUGAAUUUUGCAACUGUACCCUCUUACUCAGUUCACAGUGCCUCAGAUCGGCAACCAACCAUGUACUACGAUUGUGCAGCAAUUAAUAUAAUACUGUAUAAACAACUGUCUUUGGCUGAGAA